CCAAACCUAACUCAUCGGAUCGCGAACCACACACACACACACACACACACACACACACACACGCGGAAACGGCAGCUCGGCGCCCGACGACCUCUGGUAUUGGUAACGGUAUCGGCGUUGUCGAGGCGGGCCAGUGGACGAGUGUGGUGGUACUGUGCGUCGGGAUACGCGAUAACACGGACGGAACUGGACCGACGGCGUGAAUGCAGGGUCUUGGGCUUGGACUCGUGCCUGCCUGAUUCAGAUCAGUAGCAACGGAAAAGGGGGCGUGUGUGCGUGCGUGCGGGUGCAGCGGUUGAGCGGCUGCCGUGUCUCCUGACCAAAAGGAUAACUGCACCAUGAUGGCCGAGGCAGCAACGAUUGCCAUCCUGGCCACCGUUCUCAAUUAUGAGGCCCUCGUGCCCAACGAAUAUGACAGCAUCGCCACCGCCGUCAGUGGUGCUGCAGCCCUGCUUGUGCUGGGCAUCAUGAUCACCAACAUGCUGCAGCUCCUUGAUGAUGAACACAGCGGUGACUCCCUUUACCAACGUUGUGCCGACUGGCUCAAGUCCCGAAGCUUCAUGGCUCGCGUUCGUGAGGCUGGCAAGGCCAUUCUUGUCCUGCUCACCGUCGCGGCUGUGGCUCUCAAAAGCUUGGCUCCCGCCACCACCAGCAUGCACAUGUGCCUGUGGCGCGCUACCGUCAUGCUUCUUGCACCUGCAUCACUGCUUCAAACGACCCAACUGGCCGAAUGCCUCAUCGCCCUCGUCCUGGCCCUCGUCGGUGUCAUUCUCAACGCCGCUCUUGCAGGCAUGCUCUUUAGCGCCAUACGUGACGUACUGUUGCGUGUACAUGCCGUAUCGCGAAGCACUGAAGAUUUUGCCGGUCACACCGUCAUCCUCGGCUGGUCUGCGAAAACGCUCCUUGUUAUCAAACAACUCUGCUUGGCCAACGAGAGCCUCGGUGGCAGUCGCAUCGUAGUCCUUGCCGAGAAUGAUCCCCAGGAUUUGGAGGCAGCAUUGGCGAAUGCCAACUUUCCCAAACUGGGCACGCAUGUGGCUUUUGUGCAGGGCUCCAUCCUCAACCGAGCAGACUUGAGCAAGACCUCCUGCACCAAGGCGCGCAGCAUCAUUGUUCUGGCCGAAGAUCACCAGUCUUCCGAAGAUAGCGACGCCAAAAUCCUUCGUGUUCUCAUGCUGCUCAUGCUCUUGCUCCAGCAUGCUGGGCCUUCCCCCCACGUGGUGCUUGAGCUGCAAGAUCAGGCCAAUGAGCACGUCAUGCAAGUGGCUGGCCGCGAGCGCGUGGAAAUCAUCUCUACCCACGAAGUGAUUGGCCAAAUCAUGAUUGCCUGUACCCGCCAGCCCAUGAUCGGAUCGGCUCUUGAGCUCAUCAUGAGCUUUGAUGGACCCGAGUUUUAUAUCAAAAGUUGGCCCCGUGAGUAUGCGACCCCCGCUCUGACGUCCUUCCAGGAUGCCGUGGUCGUUGGUGUCAAGCUCGGCGACGGACAAAACUCCGAGGUUGUCCUCAACCCUCCCGAUGACUACAUCAUCUCUCAGGGAGACCAGCUCAUCGUCCUUGCUGAGGAUGAUGAUGCUUAUGCUCCCUCGACGACCAUGCCGCUCUCGCACAUGUCCCAUGAGCAGGCUGUUCAACGUGUGAACCGCGAACCCGAGCGCAUCAUGUUCCUCAAUUGGCGCCGAGACAUGCACUUGAUGAUUGCUGAGUUGGAUCGCCGCGUGGCUUCGGGCUCUGUGCUGUACAUCAUGGCUACAAUUCCAAAGGAGGAGCAGAUCCUUCUCCUUAAAGCGAAUGGCAUGGACGUCAUGCGGCUGCAGAAUCUGCAGGUGCAGCUGCGCCAGGGCAAUCCGUUGCGGAAGCGAGACCUGGAGGCCAUGCGUUUGGAGGCCUUUGGCACCAUCUUGAUUCUCAACGACAGCAGCACCCAGUCUGUGUUUGAGAAUCGGGACAGUCGAGCGCUCAGCACCCAGCUGCUCGUUCACGAAAUCCAGCAGGAGCGCAAGCGCAUGAAUCAGCGGAUGGAAGAAAACUGUAUGAUUCUCAGUGAGAUCGUGGACCCGCUGUCCAAGGAAUUGGCGGCUUCAAUUAACGAUUCAUUUCAAAUUGCGGGUAACAGCAUUGUCAGCGCCGCCUUGGCCCAGGUGUCUGACCAGCGCCCGCUCAACCUGGUCUUUGAUGAGCUGCUCAGUUACCAAGGCUGCGAGCUGAGCAUUGUUCCAGCCCACACAUUAUGCCCCGCUGGCGUCAAGCUUUGCUUCUGGGACCUCAUGGCCAAGGCGCGCGCCACUGGCCGGAUUGUGGUUGGAUGGAUCCGCGACGAGGGCGUUCUGAGCAUCAAUCCUCCUCACAAGAAGGAGCGGGUUCUGUGGCAGCCCGGAGACAAGAUUGUCAUGCUUGUCAACUGAGGAACGAGAUAUUUAACAACCGGGCAGCACCUGCGCUCGGACUCGCUUCCAUUCCAAUUGAGUCAGUUUUGCG